CACACUCUCUUCACUUCAACAAGAACACCACUCAAAAAUCAAAUCCUCUUUAUCCCUUUUUUUUUUUUUUUUUUCUUGCAACAGAAAUUCAUUCUCAAAAGAAGCAACAAAAGGAAGAAGGGAAAGAAAAGAGGAACAAGACACACACAAAAAACAUAAAUAAAUUAGCAGAGACGCGGUUUUCUUUCUGUCAUUUUGCGUGCGGAGUCAAAAAAACAAAAAUGGGAUUCGAAAUUUGAAGCGAUUUUCGACUCACAGAAGGAAACCCAUUUUCUGUUUCGGAGAUUCCCAGAAGAGCCGUACGAUGUUAGGCCUCAAGGUUUUGGCUAUGGCCGUCGUCCUCUCACUGGCCUGUAGUUCAGUUACCGCCGCCGUUUCCUACGACGGGAAAUCGAUUGUCAUUAAUGGGAGGAGGAAGAUUCUUGUUUCGGGCUCGAUUCACUACCCUAGGAGCACCCCUGAGAUGUGGCCUGAGCUCAUACAGAAGGCUAAAGAUGGAGGAUUAGAUGUAAUCCAAACAUAUGUAUUCUGGAAUGGCCACGAGCCAUCUCCUGGAAAUUAUAAUUUUGAAGGUAGAUAUGAUCUUGUGAAGUUCAUCAAGGUUGUUCAGCGGGCCGGGCUCUAUGUUCAUCUCAGAAUCGGGCCUUAUGUCUGUGCAGAAUGGAAUUUUGGGGGAUUCCCUGUUUGGCUAAAAUACGUGCCGGGAAUGGAAUUCCGGACCGAUAAUCAGCCGUUCAAGGUGGCUAUGCAAAGAUUUGUCGAGAAAAUUGUGAGCUUGAUGAAGUCGGAGAAUUUAUUCGAGCCUCAGGGAGGGCCUAUUAUCAUGUCUCAGAUCGAAAAUGAAUAUGGACCGGUCGAGUGGGAGAUCGGCGCUCCCGGAAAAGCUUAUACUGCUUGGGCGGCAAAAAUGGCUGUCGGAACGGACACUGGCGUUCCUUGGAUUAUGUGCAAACAAGAAACUGCCCCUGAUCCCAUUAUCGAUACCUGCAAUGGUUUCUACUGCGAAGGCUUCCGCCCGAACAAGCCCGAUAAACCUAAGAUGUGGACAGAAGCCUGGACCGGCUGGUAUACGCAAUUUGGAGGCCCGCCUCCUCGUCGACCUGCCGAAGAUUUGGCUUUUGCAGUCGCAAGAUUUGUCCAAAACAACGGCUCAUUCUUCAAUUAUUACAUGUACCACGGUGGCACCAAUUUCGAUCGAUCAGCCGGCCGUUUUGUCGCCACUAGCUACGACUACGAUGCUCCUAUAGAUGAAUAUGGACUUCUGAACGAGCCGAAAUGGGGACACCUAAGGGAUUUGCAUAAAGCAAUCAAGCAAUGCGAGCCGGCUUUAGUUUCGUCGAACCCCGCCGUCGCAUGGCCCGGCAAAAAUCAAGAGGUUCAUGUUUUCGAAACGAAAUCAGGGAGAUGCGCGGCGUUUCUUUCCAACUACGACCCGAAUUCUUCGACAAAAUUGACAUUCCGAAAUGUCGAGUACGAUCUGCCUCCGUGGUCCAUCAGCAUUCUCCCCGACUGCAAGACUGCCGUUUACAACACCGCAACUGUGCAAUCGAAGAGCUCUUCGGCGAAGAUGGUGCCAGUUAUCGACAGAUUAAAUUGGCAAUCGUACGGCGAGGAGACCCCUUCGGCCGACGAUCGCGACACGCUUGUGAUGGAAGGCUUAUGGGAGCAAAUAAACGUCACACGAGACUCCUCCGACUACUUAUGGUACCUUACGGACGUAAAUGUAGGUUCCGGUGAGGGAUUUUUAAAGAACGGGCAAUUGCCGACGCUUACAGUUAUGUCGGCUGGCCAUGCUCUGCACGUAUUCGUCAACGGGAAGCUAUCCGGAACCGAGUACGGGAGCUUGGACAAUCCUAAGCUAACGUUUAACGGCGGUGUGAACCUGAAGCCGGGAAUCAACAAAAUAUCGCUACUUAGCGUCUCCGUAGGCCUAGCGAAUGUUGGGACACACUACGAGAGGUGGAAUACCGGCGUUCUUGGACCCGUCACAUUGAAGGGACUCGACGAGGGGACACGCGACUUGACGAAACAAAGAUGGUCUUACAAGGCCGGUCUGAAAGGCGAAUCCCUCAACCUCGAUGCUCCAAGAAGAAGCACCUCGGUCGAAUGGACGGAGGGGUCGCUCUUGGCUCAAAAACAACCUCUAACAUGGUACAAGACAACAUUCAAUGCACCCGAUGGCAACGAUCCGUUGGCUUUAGACAUGAUAAGCAUGGGAAAAGGCGAAGUAUGGAUAAAUGGCCAAAGCAUAGGCAGACAUUGGCCCGGAUACAUCGCGAAAGGCAGCUGCGGAGAAUGUAAUUACGCCGGAACUUUCAAUGAGAAGAAAUGCCAGACCGGCUGCGGUCAGCCCUCGCAGAGAUGGUACCAUGUUCCUCGAGCGUGGCUGAAGCCGAGUGGGAAUGUAUUAGUCGUGUUCGAGGAAUGGGGAGGCGAUCCGAGUAAGAUCUCCGUGGUUAAGCGAACAUUUUAAGGAAGGAUUUGCGGAUUUAGCGACUAAAUAAUGGAUGGAGAUACCUCGUCUUCGGUUACAACUUUUUUUUUCUGAAUAUUUGAAAUCUUCUUGCAAGAAUCUUUCUCGAUCAUAUUCUUGCAGGUUGUUCGGCCCUGAGGAGUGAAAGUUGUAAAGCUACUACACUCUCCGGGCUGUGAUAAGGAAGAAAGGAAUUUUUAUACUUGGAUAAGUUGGUAAGAUUUUUAUUUUUUUUUACGAUACUUGUAUAGAAUUGUUACGAACAUCAUUGAUGUAAUGAAGCGAUUACUUAUAAAUGGUGCGUUUACGGUA